UUAGCCUCACUCUCGUUUCUCUGCCGCAUUGGCUAGGGUUUUCUGAGCCCCUCCCGUAUAACUCUCAUAAUUCACUCUCACAUACCUUUCUCCCUGUUUUCUUACCUUCCAAACACCAAACUUAGAUCUUUUCCUUUUGGCUUAUAUUCACCUCUAUGGCUUUAGCCAUACACUAGGGCUCUCUUGGUUGCUGUUUCUCUUUUUGAGCUAAAAAGAAAAACUAAGUUUUCGAUAUAAUUUCUUCUUCGAGUUAACAAAUGGCAACCAUGAACCCUUUCGAUCUCUUGGGUGAUGAUAUUGAAGACCCAAGUUUGCUUAUUGCGGCUGCUCAGCAGCAGAAGCUGGAGAAGCCUAAGAAAGCUCCUGCUUCGGCUCCAGCUCAAGCUCAGCCUGCUAAGCCUGCUAAGCUCCCCACCAAGCCAACUCCUCCUGCUCAAGCUGUGAGAGAGGCCAAGAGUGAGCCUGGACGUGGAGGAGGCCGUGGUGGUGGACGUGGUGGCAGUGGGUUCAAUCGUGAUUCCAAUGUUGGUGAUAAUUCCAAUGGAUUUUCAGGAGGGUACAGACCCUCUGAAGAGGGAGAAGGAAAGCUAUCUGAAAGGCGUGGCUUUGGUGGGCCUCGAGGUUCUUUCCGUGGGGGUCGUCGUGGUGGUUUUAGCAAUGAAGAAUCUGGAGAAGGGGAACGCCCUCGUAGGCAGUAUGAUCGCCGCAGUGGGACUGGACGUGGAAAUGAGUUCAAACGUGAUGGUGCUGGACGUGGUAAUUGGGGAACUUCAACUGAUGAAAUUGCUCCGGAGACUGAGGUAAAUGUCCCUGAGAAUGAAAAGAAUGUGGGUGCUGAGAAGCAAUCUGGAGAGGAAGAUGUCGUGGAUGCCAGCAAGGAGAAUGCUGCAAAUGAACCUGAAGAGAAGGAGCCUGAAAAUAAGGAGAUGACUUUAGAAGAAUAUGAGAAGAUUCUUGACGAGAAGAGGAAAGCUUUGCUUGCCCUUAAGACUGAAGAAAGGAAAGUUGAUGUCAAAGAGUUUGAGUCCAUGCAACAACUUUCAAAUAAGAAGAGCAAUGAUGACAUCUUUAUCAAACUCGGUUCUGAAAAGGACAAGCGCAAAGAUGCUGAUAAAGAAGAAAGAGUGAAAAAGUCUGUCAGCAUAAAUGAGUUCUUGAAGCCAGCUGAAGGGGAGAGGUACUAUGGCCCAGGACGUGGACGUGGCCGUGGCCGUGGUCCCAGAGGUGGAUAUGGAGGCAUCGCAGGGAGUAAUGUGCCAGCCCCCGCAAUUGAAGAUCGUGGGCAGUUCCCCACUUUGGGUGGCAAGUGAGAUUCCACCACCACUGCAAGCUGCACAAUGGUUUUCACUUGCUUGGAAUUCAUUGUGAUCUAUUCAAUACUCAGGAGUCAAAAAAGGGUUUUCUAGAGGAAUGAUGAUUUCCUUUAUUAGAAACCAUUUAAUGUUUUUGAGUGUAAAUUUUAGAUAAUUUAUCCAUGGGUCUACAGACUUAUGGUCUUUCCCUGACAUGCAUGCAUACCUUUUUUUUGACCUUUUGUUUUGCCCUUUUUUUUUUUAAGUUAGAGCGCGCAUGGAUCAUUAUUAUGACUGAGAAGUAGUGGCAUCAGUUUUGGUUCGGUGUAGGCUGAGAACGUUUUAGUGGUUCCUUUCUGGAACAUUGCAGUCAUGUUAUUUCAUCUUUUAAUCUCUAUUUAUUUAUGAUUUGAUGCUUCAUGAA